AAUUCCACUCUACAAACCAAAAAAUCCCUUUCUAUCAUCAACACUCAAAAGAUGUUAUCCUUGACAAGCCUUCCUUCAACAACAGAAAUCUUAUCAACAUACACCGCAUUUGCCGCCUCGGCAAUGCUGGCUCGUACGGUGUUCAAUGAGCUACACACCAUAACCAAUCAAAUCAUACCACAACAUUUCCGAGACAAAAUCUUGGCCUUAAUCGGAGGCCUACUUGGCAAUCUCUCUUCGCAAAUAACUCUCACCAUCGACGAAUAUUCCAACGGUGCUUUGUCCAUAAACGAAGUCUACCGAGCUUCAGACACAUACUUGAGCACAAAAAUCACACCCUCCAAUGAAAGCCUCAAAGUCUCCAAAACCCCACGUGACGAAAACAUCUCCGUCACCAUCAACAAGGGGGAGAAGAUCGUCGACGAGUUCGAAGGAAUCCGCUUAGUGUGGGAAUUCCUCUGCACUGAGACCACGAAAUCGUGUUACGAUUUCGAAACUUGUAAUCAGUCGACGGAAACAUCCGAGCGCAAGAGUUUCAACCUCAGUUUCCACAAGAAGUUCAAGGACAAGAUCUUGAACUCUUAUCUGCCUUACGUGUUAGACAAGGCAAAGGGGAUGAACGACGAGAAAAAGGUGCUGAAGCUGACGUCGCUUGGGAAUUCGUGGAGUUCGGUAGAUUUUCGCCAUCCGUCGACGUUCGAGACGCUGGCGAUGGACGAGAGGCUGAAGAAGGAGGUGAUUGAUGACUUGGAGAGGUUUGUGAAGAGGAAGGAGUUUUAUAAGAGAGUUGGGAAGGCGUGGAAAAGAGGGUACUUGUUGUACGGGCCUCCGGGUACGGGGAAGUCGAGCUUGGUUGCGGCCAUGGCGAAUUACCUCAAGUUUAACAUCUAUGACUUGGAGCUCACGCAACUGCAGAGCAACUCGGAGCUUAGGAGGCUCUUGGUUUCCACUGAAAACAGGUCAAUUCUUGUGAUUGAGGACAUUGAUUGCAGUGUUGAAUUGGAAGACAGAAGACGUGGAGGGUACAACGAAAGUGACUGCCAGCUGACCUUAUCUGGAUUGCUUAAUUUCAUUGACGGGCUGUGGUCAAGCUGUGGAGAUGAAAGGAUAAUAGUGUUUACGACCAACUACAAGGACAAACUAGAUCCUGCAUUGUUGAGACCUGGUCGAAUGGACAUGCACAUACACAUGUCCUAUUGCACGCCUUGCGGGUUCAAGACUCUUGCUUUUAACUAUCUUCAAAUCAAAAGCCACCCUUUGUUCGGAGAAAUCGAGGAGAUGAUAAUGGCGGUGGAGGUGACUCCGGCCGAGGUGGCAGAGGAGCUCAUGAAAAGCGAUGAACCGGAUAUAGCCCUUGCGGGACUUGUUCAGUUUCUUCAGCGAAAGAAGGGGAUGAAGCUUAGUGAACAAGCCAAUAUUGCUCAAGAAGUAAACAAAGAAGUGGAAUGUGAACAAGGCAACGGCGUUAAAGAGGGUCAGAAAAUGAGAGUUAAGAAAAACAAGUCGAAGAAGGCAAGAAGAAAAGGAGGCAAAUAUUGAGACAAUGUCUACUCUGUUUAUCAUUGUCGUUGUUUGUAAUCUGUGUUUUUAUUUUCUUAAGAAGUUAGGUUUUCGUUCUUGGCGUUUACU